GAGACGUACUUUUGAUACAGCCAGCUAAAUGAAAUGUCGGGAUUCCUGUGGAUGAGCUGUUCAGUAAACCUUUGAUGAAAAGCACAUUACUGACUGAAGAAAGAAGCCAAAGGAAACGAUUUUUUAAAAGGGCCUUUACAAAAGAAAAAUAUCCAAAAAAAAUAAAGGAUCAUGAAGGCAACAAGACUGACCUGGUUAAUCUUAAUUGCUAUCGUGGGAGCCACCGCAAGCAAGCCACAGGAAUUUGAAGACAACGAUGAGGGCACAGAGCAAGAAUUCAUUUACACGAAUAGGUAUAAGCGGUCUGCUGAUACACAGGACAAAUGCACUUAUACCUUUAUUGUACCUCAGCAGAGAGUGACAGGUGCCAUUUGUGUUAAUUCAAAGGAGCCUGAGGUUCUACUUGAAAACAGGGUGAAUAAACAAGAAUUAGAAUUACUUAACAAUGAACUUCUAAAGCAAAAGAGGCAAAUAGAGACUCUUCAGCAACUGGUGGAGGUGGAUGGUGGGAUAGUAAAUGAGGUUAAACUCUUAAGAAAAGAGAGUCGAAACAUGAACUCUCGGGUCACACAACUUUAUAUGCAGCUACUGCAUGAAAUUAUCCGCAAACGAGACAAUGCGUUAGAACUUUCCCAACUUGAGAAUAAGAUACUGAAUCAAACUGCUGAUAUGUUGCAGCUUGCAAACAAAUACAAAGACUUAGAGCACAAAUACCAACACUUGAUGACAAUUGCCAAUAAUCAGUCUAUAAUUAUUGCACAGCUGGAAGAACACUGUCAAAGAAUGCCAUCCAUAAAGCCAAUACCCCAGCCUCCCCCCCCACCAAACAGAGUGUAUCAACCUCCCACUUACAACCGUAUCAUUAACCAAAUAUCUACCAAUGAAAUUCAGAGUGAUCAGAAUUUAAAGGCUCUACCACCAACUCUACCAACCAUGCCACCAGUUACAAGUAGUCCAACUUCAACUGAUAAACCAUCUGGACCAUGGAGAGACUGUCUGCAAGCUUUGGAAGAUGGCCAUGACACCAGCUCCAUCUAUCUGGUGAAACCUGAAAAUACAAACCGACUUAUGCAGGUGUGGUGUGACCAACGGCAUGACCCCGGUGGUUGGACAGUCAUUCAGAGGCGGCUCGAUGGAUCAGUUAACUUUUUCAGGAACUGGGAGACGUACAAGCAAGGAUUCGGUAACAUAGAUGGAGAGUACUGGCUGGGUUUGGAAAAUAUUUAUUGGCUAACAAACCAAGGCAACUAUAAACUGCUUAUAACAAUGGAAGACUGGUCUGGUCGAAAAGUAUUUGCUGAAUAUGCCAGUUUCCGACUGGAGCCAGAAAGUGAAUAUUACAAGCUGAGACUGGGCCGUUACAAUGGCAAUGCAGGCGAUUCUUUCACUUGGCACAAUGGGAAGCAGUUCACCACUCUGGACAGAGACCAUGAUGUAUACACAGGUAACUGUGCUCAUUACCAGAAAGGAGGAUGGUGGUACAAUGCCUGUGCUCACUCAAAUCUUAAUGGAGUCUGGUACCGGGGAGGACAUUACCGCAGUCGAUACCAAGAUGGUGUUUACUGGGCUGAGUUCCGGGGGGGAUCAUACUCACUAAAAAAAGUUGUUAUGAUGAUCAGACCUAACCCCAACACAUUCCACUGAUUUGUUUUUCCUUCUCCUAACUUGCCCUUUAAGACAGAACAAUGAAAUAUCAGCAGUAGCUGCAUGUGCUAGCUGGAAUACAGGCAACCCUCGCCAUUUGCGGGGGAUACGUUCUCGUAUCCCCUGUGAAUGGUGAAAUCCACGAACAAGGCACUGCGUUCAUGAACACCGUCUGUGUUCAUGAACUCAGUGCCACCGGCGGCUGGAAGGGCACGGCUCCUCUGGUGACGGCGGCAAGUGCAGAGCUCCCAAGGAGCUCCUUUAAGUGUAUUUAAGAAGCGGGUUUGGCAUUCACAAAUAUUUGAAACUGCGAAUGCCAAACUCACAAAUAGUGAGGGUUUCCUGUACAUCUUUUCAACUGCAAGGAAUGUAAGAUAUUGUAUAUUUACUGAUACAGUUUGAGGACUUGUAUAUUGCAUUUUCAAGAAUCAUUCCAGCAAAACACUACAGAACUUGCAGAACACCUCUCUUUGUGACAAAAUUAAUUUAGGUUCUUGCUUUUAGAAUUGGCAGUUGAGAUGGACUGUAGAUAACCUUUGUUUUUUUUUAUUUCCUGUAAAUUAAGUUUUGAUGAUUAAAAUACUGCCACAAUAACUAAAUAUUUUUGUAUGUUAUAUUAUGUAUAAAUAUUCUCAAAUGCAGGAGAUACUACGAAAUGUACAGCAAGAGUUUUUAUUAUUAUUGAUAGGAAUCAUUUGACACGGGAAACUGCAUCCCUUGAAACUAGAUAGCUGGUACAUGUACUGUAGAACAUUAGUGUGAGUAUUCCUAAUUUAAUCUUUGUUAACUGUUGUCAUGAAUAAAGGGAGCAAUAGCGAUUUCAGUUUGUGAGCAGGCACCCAAAUAGUUACUACAGAUCAAGGCAGUCUGCUACACUCACUCAAGACUGACCUUUCAUUCAAGGAAGGGAAAUCAGUGUUGCUAAACAGAACUGCCGACUGUACAUGUAUUUGGAAAGGUAACUGGAUUUGUAAUGGCUGUUGCACCUCUCAGCCAACACUAAUAACUUUGUGUCACAUAAAACAAGAGCCUCUGGGUGUUUAUAGACAUAUUUUGGGGAGAGGGGGCGCUUUAAUUAGAGCGGUUCCAAGAGCUGCUCUAAAUAAAGUGUCUGAAGCAUCAUGCAUAGCAGUCC